ACCCCUUUGGCUUUACCUUUCGGAAGUCGGGGGUUUCAUUUUUCCUGGGAUUUUCCAUCCGGUGACUCCGAGUUAAGGUGGGAAUUUCGGAGCUGGGAAUUCCGGUGACUCCGAGUUAAGGUGGGAGAUUUCGGAGCUGGGAAUUCCGGUGACUCCGAGUUAAGGUGGGAGAUUUCGGAGCUGGGAAUUCCAGUGACUCCGAGUUAAGGUGGGAGAUUUCAGCGCUGGGAAUUCCGGUGACUCCGAGUUAAGGUGGGAGAUUUCAGCGCUGGGAAUUCCGGUGACUCCGAGUUAAGGUGGGAGAUUUCGGAGCUGGGAAUUCCGGUGACUCCGAGUUAAGGUGGGAGAUUUCGGAGCUGGGAAUUCCGGUGACUCCGAGUUAAGGUGGGAAUUUCACCGCUGGGAAUUCCGGUGACUCUGAGUUAAGGUGGGAGAUUUCGGAGCUGGGAAUUCCGGUGACUCCGAGUUAAGGUGGGAAUUUCGGAGCUGGGAAUUCCGGUGACUCCGAGUUAAGGUGGGAAUUUCACCGCUGGGAAUUCCGGUGACUCCGAGUUAAGGUGGGAGAUUUCAGCGCUGGGAAUUCCGGUGACUCCGAGUUAAGUUUUCCUUUAGCCCUUUGUUUUCCAAAGGGACACAGUUUCCCCCCAUCACCACUUUUCCAACCCUUCCUGAGGCUUUUGAACCCCUCAACGCUUGGAUCCACGGACGACGCCGACAAACUCAUCCGUCAUAAAAAUUCCAGGUUAUCCGUACUCCUCCGGCAGCCGCCGGCGUUAACCGCUUCCCGGAUCCGACGGCGGAAAAGAGGGGCUCCGCGCCCGCGGCCCCACCAUGAACGAAGUGGCGGUGGUCAAGGAAGGUUGGCUGCACAAAAGAGGGGAAUACAUCAAAACGUGGCGGCCCCGUUAUUUCCUGCUGAAGAGCGAUGGUUCCUUCAUCGGCUACAAAGAGCGGCCGGAGAGCAGCGAUCAAAGCUCGCCGCCACUGAAUAACUUCUCCGUGGCAGAGUGUCAACUGAUGAAGACGGAGCGGCCUCGGCCCAACACCUUUGUCAUCCGCUGCUUGCAGUGGACGACGGUCAUCGAGAGGACCUUCCACGUCGACUCUCCGGAAGAGCGGGAGGAGUGGAUGAGAGCCAUCCAGACGGUAGCCAACAGCCUGAAGAACCAGGAACCGCCAGGAGACGCCAUGGAUUACAAGUGCGGAUCUCCUACCGACGGCGCCGGCGCUGAGGAGAUGGAAGUGGCCGUCGGCAAAACCCGCGCCAAGGCUACCAUGAACGACUUCGAUUACCUGAAGCUCCUGGGAAAAGGCACCUUCGGCAAAGUCAUCCUGGUGCGGGAAAAGGCCACUGGCCGCUAUUACGCCAUGAAAAUCCUACGGAAAGAGGUCAUCAUCGCCAAAGACGAGGUGGCGCACACCGUUACGGAGAGCCGGGUGCUGCAGAACACCCGGCACCCCUUCCUCACCGCACUGAAAUACGCCUUUCAGACCAACGAUCGCCUCUGCUUCGUCAUGGAAUACGCCAACGGCGGAGAGCUUUUUUUCCACCUCUCGAGAGAACGCGUCUUCACGGAGGACCGAGCCCGUUUCUACGGAGCGGAAAUCGUCUCGGCGCUGGAAUACCUGCAUUCCCGGGAUGUGGUGUACAGGGAUAUUAAGCUGGAAAACCUCAUGUUGGACAAAGACGGUCACAUCAAAAUCACCGACUUCGGACUCUGCAAGGAAGGCAUCACCGACGGAGCCACCAUGAAGACCUUCUGCGGUACUCCGGAAUAUUUAGCUCCGGAGGUCUUGGAAGACAACGACUACGGCCGCGCCGUGGACUGGUGGGGCCUUGGGGUCGUCAUGUACGAGAUGAUGUGCGGCCGUUUGCCUUUCUACAACCAAGACCACGAGCGCCUCUUUGAGCUGAUCCUCAUGGAGGACAUCCGCUUCCCUCGUACCCUCAGUCCCGAAGCCAAAUCCCUACUGGCCGGGCUACUCAAGAAGGAUCCCAAACAGAGGCUCGGCGGAGGUCCCAGCGACGCUAAGGAGGUGAUGGAGCAUCGCUUCUUCGCCCCCAUCAACUGGCAGGAGGUGGUCCAGAAGAAGCUCAUCCCACCUUUCAAGCCUCAAGUGACGUCCGAGAUCGACACGCGGUACUUCGACGAUGAGUUCACCGCUCAGUCCAUCACCAUCACUCCUCCGGAUCGCUACGACAACAUGGGCUCCUUGGAUAACGACCAGCGGACGCACUUCCCCCAGUUCUCCUACUCGGCCAGCAUACGGGAGUAACCGGCGAGCAGGAUUCGGCCUCCCAGGAGGAAGAGGAAGAGGAAGAGGAAGAGGAAGAGGAAGAGGGAGGAUUUAGGGAUUUGCUCGUGGAGGAAUUUUUUGCCCAACCGAAGCGGGACUCUACGGUGCCUUCCAGAAGCCAUUCCCAUCCCAAGUGCUCUUUCUCCGGCACCGCUUUGUGCCUCCACCUUCCGACUGCUUUGGGUUUGAAUUCUUAAUUAUUAAUUAUUAAUUAUUAUUAUUAUUAAUUUUUUAAGUGCUCCGCAGCUUUUUAUCCCCUCUCCAAAAAAAAGAAUAACGAUGGUUUUGGAUCCCCUGGAAGUUCAACCUCGGGGAAAAUCUCUGCUCCCGGAUGGGAAAGAACAUCCUUUGGGGGGAAAUAAAUCCCACGGCGAAGUCGGGAGGUGCCCUGAGGAAAAGGGGGGACACCAGGAAAGGACCCCCCGAAACCACCAAUGGAACGAGCAGGGACCGAACCGCCCCUUCAACCCCGGGGAGCGAAAGGCCGGAAGGAAAAACGCCAUCUGCAAAGCAAUAGUUUGGCUUCUCCGACGCUUUCAAACCAGGAGUUACGGUGAUUCCGAGCGUAGCGGCUCCCCGAAUCCUUGGAAGCAUCACCGGAAUCAAUAACCUCCGGUGCCGGAAGAG